CUUUCUUUCCCCCAGCAAGCACAAGUCCCUAGGUAGCCCCAGUAACAAAAGAAAAAUAAAGGCCAUGACCACAACUAGGCUCGCAGGAUCGCUCAUCCGCCUCUUGGCCUCCACAUGGAACAGAACAGAAUCACCCCUUCUGUAUCCUUCUUGGAGAAAAAUGAGUUCUUCACAAGGAGGAAAGCCUAAACCUGUCAAACAACCCACGAGGAAGCCAGAGUUACCAGUUGGCCGUUUUGAUGCACCGGAGGAUUCCCACUUAGAGAAAGAACCACUGAAAAAAUUUCCAGGUGAUAUUAAUCCAGUCACCAAAGAAAAAGGUGGACCCAGAGGCCCAGAACCUACUCGCUAUGGAGAUUGGGAACGAAAGGGACGUUGUAUUGAUUUUUAAGUCAAAUAUUCAUUAACUUCAUUUUCUGAAUCAUCUGAAUUGCCUAUUUCUAGUUAUUUUCUGUGUCUUUGUGUAAGUCAUCUAAUUUUUAUUAUGUAUAUAAUGGCUUUGGAAGAAAGUAUGCUGCUAUAACUAAGAACAGGAAAUAUUUUUAUGUUAGCAGGUUAACUAAUAAAAAUGUAUUGGGGUAUAUAAAAUAAAAACAA